AUGGAGGAUGAUGAGAACACGACGACCAGAAUGGAGAAAGUGAAGCUCGAGGAUGCCGCCGACAGCGGCGCGCACUUGGAAGGCGCAGCGAGAGCCUCUACCUCAACCCCGAAGCCGCGGAGCAGCGAAGCCCCGUCCCCUGCCUCGCUGGAUGGCACAAAGUCGCAGAGCGAUAGCGUCGGAACUCCCAACUCGACGGCCAAGCCCGCGCGGUCGUCGCGCAAGUCGUCACAGAAGCCCACCGCUCGCGAAGUCCCCUUGUAUACCCACCUCCCAGACGUUACCGACGAGUCUUGCCAGACCUUUCAGGUCAUCCCCGACUGUCUCUAUGGAUCCAAGCACCUGGGCUCGACCGACAAUGACGCCCUCGACUGUGACUGCAGAGAAGAAUGGCGAGAGGGCGAGAAUUUUGCUUGUGGCGAAGAUUCAGACUGCAUCAAUCGCGCGACCAAGAUGGAAUGUAGCGCUAAUGCGGGAAACUGUGGUGGCGGUUGUCAAAACCGGCGGUUUCAACGUAAACAGUACGCCGACGUGACAGUCAUCAAGACUGAAAAGAAGGGCUUCGGCCUUCGCUCCAAUUCGGCCCUUGAGCCCAACGAUUUCAUCUAUGAGUACAUCGGAGAGGUCAUUAAUGAGCCGACUUUCCGGCGACGGAUGCUCCAGUAUGACCAAGAGGGCAUCAAGCACUUCUAUUUCAUGUCGCUUAACAAGAACGAGUUUGUGGACGCGACCAAGAAGGGAAACCUGGGUCGGUUCUGCAACCAUUCAUGCAGCCCCAAUUGUUUUGUGGACAAGUGGGUGGUUGGCGAUAAGCUUCGCAUGGGCAUUUUUGCUCUGCGCAAGAUUCGAGCAGGCGAGGAGCUCGUCUUCAACUACAAUGUUGACCGCUACGGCGCAGAACCCCAGCCAUGCUACUGCGGAGAAGCGAACUGCGUCGGCUUCAUUGGAGGAAAGACACAGACGGAGCGCGCCACCAAGCUGCCCACGGCUACUGUCGAGGCGCUGGGUAUCGAUGGCGCUGACAAUUGGGAUACCCAUGUCCCCAAGAAGCCCCGCAAGAAGCGUCCUGACGAAGAUGAUGAGGAGUAUGUCAAUAGCAUACAGCCUAGAAGCUUGGAUGAGGACGAUGCUCGCAAGGUUAUGGCCACGUUGAUGCAAUGCAAGGAGAAGUGGAUUGCAGUCAAGCUGCUUGAGCGAAUCCAACGCUGCGACGAGGAACGCGUCGUUCACUGUGUGAUGCGCAUGCACGCAUACCAAAUCCUGAAAACAACUCUCAACACAUUCAUCGAAGAUCGCAACGUGGUCUUGCAAGUUUUGUCCAUCUUGGACAAGUUUCCCCGAUUGACGAGAAACAAGAUCCAAGACUCCAAAAUCGAGGCGACCAUCCAGAAUCUGGCCGAAUCCGAACAUGAAGAUGUGGCCUCCCAGUCCAAGAAGCUCCUCGAUGAGUGGAGUAAGCUCGAAGUCGCCUACCGGAUACGAAGGCGAAAAGUCGACUCCAGCGCGCCGACCCAGAAUAUCAUUGAUGAACGAAGGGGGCAAGCCCGUGAAGAGGAGGCAGCAGCGGCAGCGUCCCAGCCAACUCCCAAGACUGCGUCUCCACGCCCCAUCGAUGCCCCCAAGGGACCGCGGAGCAAUGUGCCACAAAGGAACAACUCAUACUACAACAACAAUGGCCAUCGUCAGCGCAGACCGUUCCACAGCUCCCUGCCUGCAGGAUGGUUUACCGCCAAGGAUGCGGGCGGUAACACAUAUUUUUACAACAAGCAGGGCAAAUCAACUUGGGAGCGGCCCACGCAGCCAGCCGCGGAGCAGGCACCCAAGGCUCCGUCCAAGGCUAUACAAGAACAACUGCUCAUUCAAAGCAUCAUUGACAAGGUGACAAAAGAGGGCACACCUAAACAGCCAGCUUCGCAGACUCCGGCGCCUGCUGAAGCGUCUCCAAAGGAGCCUAAGAAGGACAAAUGGCGUUCUCUACCAGUGGAGAAGCAGAUGAAAGUCUACGAACACACGGUUUACCCCCCCGUGAAGCACGUACUCGAUAAAUUUCGACACAAGCUUCCCAAGGAAGAGCUAAAGAGGCUUGGAAAAGACGUCGCGAAGAAGCUUGUGGCAUCUGAUUACAAGAACAAUCGCGUCAGCGACCCUGCCGCGCCGCUUACCGAAAAGCAAGAGCGCAACAUCAAGAAAUACGUGAAAGACUUUUUGGACCGUGCAGUUGCCAAGUUUGAGGCGCAUAACAAAAGGAAGGCAUCCGAGACUCUGAAGAAGGGCGCGGACGGGGAGCAGGGUACUAACGGGAAGCCAACCAACGCGGACAAGGCUGGCGAUAGCCCGAUCGACUCCCCCCAAGAGCCAGAAGCUGCCGCCGAUGACAUUGUUCUUAGUGACGUGGAAGAUGACUCGCCCGAUGCCCCUGAUCGUAAACGAAAGCGUGACAUCGACGUUGUGGAAGCUUCUGCAGGAUCGCCCCUUGAUGGCCCUGACGUGAAGAGGCUAAAGGAGGAUGGUGCAGACGGUGCCACUCCUCCACCCCCGCCUCCGCCUCCUCCAGAGAACCCUGGUGCAAAUCGCACGGAGGCGGAACUGGCUUUGCUUAGGCAAGAAGAGGAGCUGAUGCGAGAGAACGAGGAGGCGCAGAGGCUCGACGAUGAAGAGCAGGCAAGGAAGAAAGAGGCCGCCUCGCGGUCGAACACAGAUGGUCCGGCCGGACAGCAAACGUCCAUGGACGAACAUGGUAAUGCCCGACAACAGGAGCUGCUGGGCCAUUAA